CGGCCGUUGCUGAGGCGCCGCCGCCGCCCGGCCGCCAUGAGGAGGAGGCGGCGGCGGAGCGGCCAUGGGCUCGCUGAGCAGCCGGGUGCUGAGGCGGCGGCGGGGCGGCGGCGGCUCCUCCUCCUCCUCGCCGGGGGCUGGGGACGGCGGCGGAGGGGGCCGAGGGGGGAAGAGGAGGCGCGGCGGGGCCGAGGGGCCCGGGGACAGCGACAGCGAGGGGGAGGCCGAGCGGGAGGAGCGGCUGCUCAACGCCCCCCGCAGGAAGAAGCUGAAAAGCACCUCCAAGUACAUCUACCAGACGCUGUUCCUGAACGGCGAGAACAGUGACAUCAAGAUCUGCGCGCUGGGAGAGGAGUGGAACUUGCACAAGAUCUAUUUGUGUCAGUCAGGCUACUUCUCCAGUAUGUUCAGCGGAUCCUGGAGAGAAUCGAGCAUGAGCGUCAUAGAGCUGGAGAUUCCUGACCAGAAUAUUGAUGUGGAAGCUCUACAGGUGGCUUUCGGCUCGCUGUACAGAGACGAUGUGUUAAUAAAACCCAGUCGGGUAGUUGCACUUUUAGCAGCAGCCUGCAUGCUGCAGCUUGAUGGCUUAAUCCAGCAAUGUGGUGAAACGAUGAAGGAAACCAUUAAUGCAAAAACUGUGUGUGGUUAUUAUAAUUCAGCGGGGACAUACGGGUUAGACUCUGUGAAGAAAAAGUGCCUUGAAUGGCUCUUGAAUAACCUGAUGACUCACCAGAGUGUUGAGCUCUUCAAAGAACUCAGCAUAAACCUCAUGAAACAGCUGAUCAGCUCUUCUAACCUAUUCGUAAUGCAAGUGGAAAUGGACGUGUAUACUGCCCUCAAAAAGUGGAUGUUCCUUCAGCUAGUGCCUUCUUGGAACGGGUCUCUGAAACAACUCUUAUCCGAAGCUGAUGCCUGGUUUGCCAAGCGCAGGAAAGAUUUUGAGGAUGACAUUGCAUUCCUGGAAUCAGAGCAGGGGAACGCGUUCCUGUCGGUGUUCACACACCUGAGGCUGCAGUACAUCAUCAGUGACCUGGCAUCGGCACGAAUUAUCGAGAGAGACUCCCUCAUACCCUCAGAAUGGCUGUCCUCUGUUUACAAACAGCAGUGGUUUGCCAUGCUCAGAGCAGAACAAGACAAUGAUAUUGGGCCUCAAGAAAUAAAUAAAGAGGAACUGGAAGGAAACAGCAUGAGGUGUGGUAGAAAGCUUGCAAAGGACGGUGAUUACUGCUGGCGAUGGACUGGCUUCAACUUUGGCUUCGACCUCCUCGUUACGUACACCAACCGUUACAUCAUUUUCAAGCGGAAUACGCUCAAUCAGCCGUGCAGCGGGUCAGUCAGCCUGCAGCCUCGGAGAAACAUAGCCUUCAGGUUACGUCUAGCCUCUUUUGAUAGCAGUGGGAAAAUUAUUUGCAGUAGAACAACGGGGUAUCAGAUCCUAACCCUAGAGAAAGACCAGGAGCAGGUGGUAAUGAACCUGGACAGCAGGCUCCUGAUCUUCCCACUCUACAUCUGCUGUAACUUCUUGUACACGUCGCCAGAGAAGAAGACGGACAGUGAGGCACUGCUGGAAAAUUUGGAAAGCUGAGACCUCUUCAGUGGAACAUAGUAGCAUUCGUACGACUCUGUAUACCUGCUUUAAGUUAAUGCCCUGCUGACGCACAGAGCUUUGACAACAAAAAGGCCUUACACUGUAGCAAAUGAUACAUGGCCUUAGUAUACUCCUAUGCAUAUCUGAAGAGAAGAUCAGAAAUGAUAUAGGCCAAAACUAGUUACCCUGUAUUCGUUUUUGUUUCUGUUCUGCAUCUUCAGACAACAGCCAUUCCAUGUUUGAGAGAUGUUCCGCUCUUAUUUUUUUUCUGGGUAAAAACUGAGCCAAAUUGGAAAUAGGGAAUUUGUGUGAAUGACAUGUCGCUAACUUACCUGUCAAAUUCUAAGCACACGCUGUAGGAUGUAUGGUUAGUUAGUGUGAUUUUUUUUUUUUUUUUUUUAAAUAACUGGUUUGUAAAUACCAGAUCCAUAGUCAGCUUGCUUUUGUGGUCCUUUUCCAGUAGGGCCAAACACAUUUGUGUAGUUGAUGCCUGUCAACUUCUGUUAUUUAACUGGACAGAUUUCAAACCUGCUUGUUUUUUAAGCCAUUACUGCAUCUCAUACAGAUACUUUUCUUUCUUGUUUAUCCGCCUUUUUUAAUGUUGCAGCAAAAAUUUCUCUUCCAGUUUUUAGCAUGUGAAUUUGCUAAUUUGCUCAUAAAUGAAUUUUUUUCCACCUACUGAACAUAAUCUAAUGUACUAAGCAUCAUUUGAGUCUGUUAUACAGCAGCAGCUUUCAGCUAGGAUUCUGCUGAAUCCUUCCUGUACUCACAUAAACCAAAUACCAAUUUUUAAACAUUGUUUUUUUUUGUGACUUGUUUUAACUGUUACAUUGGGAAUAUAUCCCCAUUUUAGCUCAGGAACUUGUGACCUUUGAGUGCCUUUUGAGUAGUAUGUGUUCACACAAACUUCACAUCAGUUAAGCAAGGUCACAGGAUCCAAAGUAAGAGCUGGGAACAAGGGAUUCACUUUGAGUUGGUUUGAUGAGCGAGUCAAGUAUAAGAGGUACGCUGUAUUUGUUUCUCGUGUGUGCUGGGUUUUGUUUGACUAUUACAGUUUUGAAUUCUUACAUCAGGAUUUUUGGAUUCAAGGUGGGAAUUUUGCCUCUUAAGUAGCCUAUUUUUUUAAUGUCAAAAAAGUAUAAAACCAUUUGUACUUUAUAACGAGGAUGAAAUUAUUAGGCAAGAUGGAGAAACGUGGCAACUUGUCAAUAAAUGACUUGAAAUGGAA